AAAAAAACCUCCCGCCCGCGCCUUGCAUUUUUCUUUUUUUUUUUACAGGGUGCACGGACACGUAUGUUCUCGCGAGAGGACGACGGGACCGGAGAGGGUAUUGUCUGCACAGGCGGUGCCGACCGCCGGGCUGCCGCCAAGCGGGAGGGCGCCAGGCUCAACGAGCAGAACAGGCGGGGAAAAAAGCCAAAAAAUAAGGGGGUGGGGCAAAGCGUGGCAGAGGCUACGUCCGCUGCCAUGAAAACCGCACUCAAAGAUAUUGAGCCACUGCUGGAAAAGGUUGGCGGAUCAGAAAAAUCAGAGUGGUACAAAAAAAAAGAGGAACACGCUUGCAAGACUGCUGAACACGACAGCAAGGCUUCUGGCCUCGCCCUCCAGAAGGAAAUGACCGAGUCCCACGCCGAAUUCUCGAAGAAAAUUGUGGAGGAGGAGAAAGAAAAAGCAGAGGGUUAUCAGACGAGAGUUAGAUUCCUGCGCAAAAUGUUGGCCGGCAUCGAGAAGGAAAUGUUUGGCGACGAAUAACACCCAUAUGCACUCCCGGAAGAGUGUUACCGUGCAAUCGUCGAAUUUUAUGCAUGCUCAACGUCUUCGUUUCGUCGCAGCAUUGAGGAUACGUGCGCCUCCGCAUAGACGUGUGGGUUUGGUAGGCAACAACACUUUGAGAGGAUGCUUUACGGCAACAAAGGAGUAUCAACAAAAUAAAUAUAGUGGAAGAAAGCCGAGACCGUUGUGGUUCACGGGCAAGUUGCUGUGACUGUAUUCAACGAACACGAGGAUGCGUUUUUUUAUUUCUCUCCCUGCUGCAGGGCUUGCUUGCUGCGAGGGUCGUAGCCUUCUUUUUUUUUUGGACCAGCGGGGGGGGAGGUU